AUGGCUAAAGCGGAGGAGAUUGGAGUUCAGCCAGCAGCAGCAGGGCUUGAAGCCGCCUAUGUGAACCAAGAAUUGCGCCAUCGGCGUGUUCAGCAGCUGACUGAUAAUGUCACCGGGGAAAUCAAAAACCCUCUCGUUGGUAUUGCCAAGCCUCAUCUCAUGGCUGAUGUCGAGGCCUAUGCCAACAAGUUCGACCUCAACGAUAUCCUCCCCUUGUUGAAGAAGGGAGCUUUGGUCGCGCAGAACCCCCGCAACUUCGAAAACAUUGAGGAACUCGACGAAGCCGAGCGUCAAGCUUUACGCGAGGAAGUGACUCAUCGUUGGAAGCAUCCAUGGGCUUUGUACUUCACCAUCAUUCUCAACUCCAUCGCUGCGGCUAUCCAGGGUUGGGAUCAGGAGGGAUCCAAUGGUGCUAUCUUGACUUUCCAGGACGAUCUCGGAAUCCCUAAUUCUAGUCCUGGACCUUGUGACUUGACGGGAACCUGCGAGCGCAACACCUGGCUCGUCGGUACGAUUGUCUCAAUGCCUUACUUGACCAUCGCUGUCUUGAUUGCUUGGAUCGCUGAUCCUUUGAACCAUUGGCUUGGUCGUCGUGGUGUCAUUUUCCUCGCUGCUAUCUUCAGUCUCGUUGCACCCGUCGGUUCUGCUCUCGUUCAAACAUGGCCUCAGAUGAUUAUUUGUCGUAUUCUGCUCGGUACUGGCAUGGGUCUCAAAGAAGUCACGGUCCCUGUGUUCUCGGCUGAGACUGCCCCUACCAGCAUUCGUGGAGGUCUGACUAUGAGCUGGCAAUUGUGGACUGCAUUCGGUAUCUUCUGCGGUGUUUGUGCCAACUUGGUACUUGCCAAAACUGGAGCCAUCGCCUGGCGAUUACAGAUGGGUUCUGCAUUCAUUCCGGCCGUUCCACUUCUCUUGGGCAUCUGGUUCUGUCCAGAAUCUCCUCGUUGGCUCAUGACAAAGAAGAAACACAAGCAGGCAUACAAAUCUCUGUUGCGUUUGCGAAACACCCCUCUUCAAGCCGCACGAGACUUGUACUUCAUUCAUGCUUCAUUAGUUCAAGAGGAUAUUUUGUUGGAAGAAGCUGGAUUCUCCAAGAAUGCCGGCAUGAUCACUCGCUUCAUCGAGUUGUGGACUAUCCCACGGAAUCGUCGUGCCGCUCAGGCAUCUGGUGUUGUCAUGACUGCCCAACAGAUGUGCGGAAUCAACAUCAUUUCUUUCUACUCCAGUAGCAUCUUCGCUCAGGCAGGAGCUAGCAAUAUCGGUGCUCUGCUUGCCUCUUUUGGCUUUGGAGCCAUCAACUUCAUAUUCGCCUGGCCAGCUGUGUGGACGAUCGAUACAUUUGGUCGACGAACUCUACUGCUCUUCACCUUUCCCAACAUGUGUUGGUCGUUGCUUGCUGCUGGGUUCUGUUUCUGGAUCCCAUUUGAGAAUAAAGCUCACCUUGGAUUGCUCGCCUUCUUCAUCUACAUUUUCUGCAUAUUCUACUCUCCAGGCGAAGGACCUGUGCCUUUUGCUUACUCUGCAGAGGUGUUUCCGCUGUCUCAUCGUGAAAUUGGUAUGUCUUGGGCCGUGGCGACCAACAACUGGUGGGGUUCAGCACUGGGGAUUACUUUCCCUUUCAUGCUCAAGGCGAUGACACCGCAGGGCGCAAUCGGAUUCUAUGCGGCGCUGAACCUCAUAGCUUUUGUGAUGAUUUUCCUCUUUGUCCCCGAGACCAAACAGCGUUCUCUUGAAGAGCUGGACUAUGUCUUUGCAGUGACUACUCGUCGUCACGCGUCGUACCAGUUGGGUACCGUUGCUCCAUGGUGGAUCAAGCGAUACAUUUUCCGUCGCAAGGACUUGGUUUGCCCUGAGCUUUACAAGAUCGACUUGGACGACGACAGCAGCUUAGGUGUCAUGCCAGGUAAUAACAAGACCGGGGCCGAGGCCAGCGAGUACCCAACCUCUGCUGUUUGA